AUGUACCCGCACCCAUACAGGUCCGGAGGUUUGCGGGAAGGCGACAACCCUUCCAGGAUCAUACAGCGCCGCCCACCUUUACAGAUGGCCGGGAACAUUGGCUACGUGCCGAUUCCACCAUACCCACCACAAGCAACGAGUGAUCGCAUGCUGCUAGAUCCUCUCUUCUUAUUGCAAGCCCCCUAUGGAGGUCAAACCGCAAAUACGCACGCAACAGCGACCCCUUCGAAAAAGCCUGACGGAGCCGACAGGCUGGCCGCAGACAAAGCCAUAGACGCUACAGAGAGGACGAUCUCCGUCAUCGUCGGAACGUCUCCAGACCGCAAGACUUUCCACGUCCAUGCUUCCGUGCUUCAGAGGUCAUCGGAGUACAUGAGAUCCAAAGCAAAGCCCGAAUGGUCCAGGGGAUCUGCUACCGUCGACCUAUCUCACCAAGACGCCACAGCCUUCAACAUCUACAUCAACUGGCUCUACCAGUCUCAAAUCGUAUCAGCAACCGAUGAAAAUCCCAGGACUGAGUGGAUGGGUCUCGUCCGCGCCUUUGCUCUCGGCGAAGAACUCAUCGACCAAGCGUUCAAGAACGCCGUGAUGAGCGCACUAAGUGCAACAGCACACGAGAGUCAAGUCGAAGAUGUGCUACCAUUUCUGGUGGAGAUGGUUUUGAUCAUCUACGAUGCCACGCCGGAGAAGUCGCCGGCGAGGUUCUUCUUGGUCGAUGUUGGGAAGAGUGUGGAGAAAGAGCAGCUAAGGAAGCUCCGCGGUGAGCUCCCUCACGACUUCAUCUUCGAUCUUGCAGUGGCGCAAGCAACACAUGAUACUCCGACGAGGAUAGGAGACAAGCGAAAGUUUCAGUCUAUCUCGACCGUCGCGCACAAUGUUCAGGCAUAUCAGAGAUAG